AAGCUGUAUUGUCCGCGGGACGAUUGUGUUAAAAGUUCUAAAACUUCGACAGAGCAGAGCUGAUUAACCAAAAACACGUGUUUUCUUCAAGUCUCUUUCACUUCCGAGCGAGAAAGACCGGAGGCUGAUUCGUGCUUGGAGCUAAUGUAUGGAGCUAAUGCGGUCCGGGCGCGAAGCUAACGCGGCGAGUUACCGUUAGCAGGUGUGACUGAAGCGGCCUCGGGGAUUCCUGCGCGUCGUGGCCGUUUCACAGCCCCUCUCCGUCGACCACGGCAGGGAUGAGCUGCCCGGUGAAUCUCCGUGCCCUGCCGAGUGGAGUCCUGGAGGAGAUUUUUACCCCCGAAAACAUGAGAGGAAGAUCCACUGUGAGCUCUCUCACGCCUCUGAGUUUCCCCAAAUCCAGAUCAGCACUGUGGGACGGCACCCCGGCAGGAGAGAUGCUUCGCCUCCAUCUCUGCUCACACAGGGGCCCCCAGUUGGUGCUGUCUGAGAAAGCCCUGCGUCUGGCGCAGCGUCACGCCCGCCACAGCAACAAGCCCCGAGUCCUCUGCUUCUUCUUGGGCUCCGUGUCAGUCAACUCAGAUGAGGAGGGCAUCACCCUCACCCUGGACCGCUUCGACCCGGGUCGGGACCAGGCUGGAUCCUCGGUCCGGGUUCCCUCUGCGCUGCUGCCCGGAGACGUUCUGGUCCCCUGCUGGUUCUCCUUUCAGAGCGAGGCGAAGCCCGAAGACGCCGUCGUCCAGUCGGAGGCUGAACUGCAUCACUGCUUCAAGGCAUUGCAGCAGUUUCUGUGCAGCAGACAAACUCUGGACCUGUGUCAGCUGGUGAAGGUCAAAGGUCAGGUGUCCUGCUCCCAGCGACUCGAUGCCAUGGGGUUCAGCCUCCGCUGGUCGGCGGUGUGCCCGUCGGUUGGCGUGGAUGUGCAGUCGGUCCGAGCCGUUCCCAUCAUCCCCACCGCCCUGCUGAGGAGUCUGACCAGCAUCGGCCGGCAUCACGCCGCCGGCUGGCAGAGAGGCUUUCUGACCAUGGAUCAGAGCCGGAAGCUGCUGUUGGUGCUGGAGUCAGACCCCAAAGCCUCCAGCCUGCCACUGGUCGGACUCUGGCUGAGUGGAGUGACACACGUCUACAGCCCCGUGGUGUGGGCCUGGUGUCUCAGGUUCCUCUUCAGCGCCUCGCUGCAGGACAGGGUGUUUUCGGAAAGCGGUUUCUUUCUGCUCGUCAUCUUCGGCUCCACUCACCGAGUUCCUCAGUUCUUCCAGUGUCGAGGACCCGGACCUGGACCAGGACCAGGACCGGGCCUACAGCUGGACUACCAGCUACUGAGUGCAUCCCAGUUCAUCACGCUGUACCAGGUGGCGCCGGUGGACGGUCAGACUCUGCAGUGCGAGCUGGGCUCAGAGAGUCAGGGCAGACAGACGGAGGUCUUCAGAGACGCUCGGCUGUCCUUCAGCACGGUCUCUGUCUGCAGCGCCGCUGCCGCUGCCUCUGGGCCCUCCAUCAGCGACCAGGACUCUGGAGUGGAGGACGAAGACCUGUCUCCCCGUCCGUCCCCGAGUCCUCACCCUCCGGCUCAGCAGACUCGCAGGGUUCAGCCCUCCGUCCCUGAACUCUCCUUGCUGAUUGACAGCAGCUUCUCCACCAGCGUCCAGCCCAGCUCCGCCCACAGACCUCCUCUACCUCCUUCACCUCCUCCGCCUCCCACAGGCGAUGUGAGGAAGACUGCUCCUCCAUCGGGAGCGACCUCCACCACUUCACAUGCUCCCAGGCCUCCACAGCACCUCCACAGCACUCCGAACUCCAACCUGCAGCAGCCCUGCAGCUGCUGCUGCUCCCACACCUGCAGCUCCAUCGCUCCGUCCCCGCAGCCCCUCCUCCAGCACCCUGCUCCUCCUCAUGCUGUGAUCACGCACCUUGGAGGAGCCAUGGCGUCAGACGCCUACCUGCUCCUCCUUCACCAGGACCGCCAGCUGCGCCUCCUGCAGGCUCAGGUUCAGAUGCUUCUGGAGACCCAGAAGAAGCUUCAGUCGUCGGGCCAGCAAGCCGACAGUCAGACGUCGAAGAGCACGACCAGCAUCGCCGUGGAGACGGGUGCCAGUCUCUUCUGGGGAAAUCCAGUGCCAAACGUCCCCCAUCAGGAUAUGCCCUCCCGCCUCGCCCCCUUGGACCGGUCAGUGGGCGGAGCUGAAGACGUUGUUGCAGAUCAGGUGACUCCUCAGUCGACCUCUGACCCUCACAGCCUCAGCGGCCUGCAGAGUCCCGUCCUGGGGGAAAGUGUCAGCAUGUACCAACCUGCAGACCAACAGCAGAGCUUCUACCAAAACCUCAUGACGCAGCUCACCAGCCGUCUGCAGGAGUCGGAGAACCAGCAGGAGGAGCCCCGGAGGACCAGCCUGUCUGCAGCCUCCGACGCCUCCCACUCCUCCUCCUCCUCCUCCUCCCAGUCCUCCGCGUCUGCAACCAGGAGGAAGCAGCGGCGGAGUCCAGCGGGAGACCCGGUGGUCAGCGCCACGCUGAAUCAGCUGCAGCAGCUCGGAGUCCAGGUGAACCAGGAAGACCUGACCGAGUCCGACCGCAGCCGAGCCAAAGCUGUGGAGAGCGCCAGCACGCUGGCGAGCAUCGACCCGGCGGCAGCCGUGUCCCGGCUGAGCGUGUCCAAACCCACGGCGAGCGUCGUCUUAUCUGGCGGCAGCGUGGACCUGAGCCUGGAGGCCAACGCAAUCGCUCUGCGCUACCUGAGCGACUCCCAGCUCAGCAAGCUGUCUGUAGGAGGCCCCGCCCACCUGCACGGCCCCCCCAAUCCGGACUCCCUGUUGUCGCCUAGCAACAUGUCUCUGGCCACCAGGAAGUACAUGAGGAGGUACGGUCUGAUUGAAGAGGAGGAGGAGGAGGAUGACGAUUGCAGUGAGGACGAGAAGGAGAAGGAGGAGGUCGGAGGUCAGGAGGCGUCGACCCGCCAGCCGCUCACCGACACCAUGAACGUGAAACUCCCCCCACAGAGUCAGCUGAUCCGCGAGCUGCGGCCCAAAAUGCAGCUGCUAGCCGGCGCCAACAAGGAGAACCGGUCUGGCAGGCGUCCCACUUUGAUCAGGACGAGCAGCCACGAGACGGAGGGGUCGGUGGGAAACAUCCUGGACCUGAGCCGCCUCCGACAGCUCCCCAAACUGUUCUGAGACCAGGAGAACCAGACCCAGAACCACUUCCUGGAGUGAACACACAGCGUCAUGAAUCAGCUAAUUCUGCACCGACUCCAGAACGCAUGAAGCUGACUGACUGACUGCUCUGAUCGCUCUCCUGACGUCUUAAAUGAUCCCAAGUCUCAUGAAGGACUUCUAGAAAUGUAUACAUUUUAAACGGACUCUUUUUAUAGGCACUGACCUGAUCUAACGCCACUUCACCAAAACGCAGACAUCUUUGUUCUAACAGAGCUUCCCUUUAAAUUUAAAUCCACUGUUUUCUGAGUGAAGUCUGGUGUGGUGGAGGAGUUCUCAAAGAGAAACCAGGUUCUGCUCUUUAUGGUCCAACUUGGAAUUCCUGAAACUGCAAAAUGCUUUGAAUUGUAAAUAG